CAUGACGACACCCCAGGGUUGGUUUGUGAUUGGCUGCAGCGUUUUCAUUUACGGGGAUUAUCCAAUGUCAGGGAAUGCGUCAGCCCAUCUUGCCCGGGCAGGCAGCUCCAACGCACGCUGCCCAGAGCACAUUUUAUUUGUUUACACCGUGACGUCAGGCAAUCCAAGUUCAGGUCAACCUCAGCCAAUCACACUCCGGGGUGGUUCACCACGUGACGCGUGUCUGAUAGCCAAGCCGGUAAAAAUGGCGAGCGAGAAUUGUUCACCUCCAAAAGCGAAGAUGCCUAAAAGAGGUCGAAAAGUGGCUCUGCUGACGGGAAUCACAGGACAGGAUGGGUCAUACUUAGCUGAACUACUUCUUGAGAAAGGGUAUGAGGUCCAUGGCAUCAUCAGGCGAUCUAGUUCAUUUAACACAGGGCGUAUCGAACAUUUAUAUGAUGACCCAAAAUCACACAGGGAGGGGUCCAUGAAGCUCCACUAUGGUGACCUUACAGACAGCACAUGUUUGGUGAAGAUUAUCAGUGAAAUACAACCCACAGAGAUCUAUAACUUAGGAGCUCAAAGUCAUGUGAAGGUUUCCUUUGAUCUAGCUGAGUAUACUGCCAAUGUAGAUGCUGUAGGAACACUGCGCAUGUUGGACGCCAUACGCACAUGCGGGCUGACCGACACUGUGCGUUUUUACCAAGCUUCCACUAGUGAAAUGUAUGGCAAAGUACAGGAAGUGCCCCAGAAGGAAACAACACCAUUUUAUCCAAGGUCCCCUUAUGGGUGUGCCAAACUCUAUGCAUACUGGAUCAUUGUAAACUACAGGGAGGCAUAUAACAUGUUUGCUUGCAAUGGUAUUCUGUUCAAUCAUGAGAGUCCAAGGAGAGGUGAGACAUUCGUGACAAGGAAGAUCACCCGCGCUGUGGCCAAGAUAAUGUUGGGACAGCAAGAAAUCUUAGAGCUGGGUAAUCUGAAUGCCACCAGAGAUUGGGGACAUGCUAAAGAUUAUGUGGAGGCCAUGUAUCUGAUGCUCCAGCACGACACCCCCGAGGAUUUUGUCAUAGCCACGGGACAGACGACCAGUGUACGUGCUUUUGUGGAGGCGUCAUUUAGACAUGUUGGUGUGGAAAUAGUAUGGGAAGGCAAAGGAGAGAAUGAAAUAGGCAGAGACAAAGCCACAGGCAUAGUGAGGGUCAGAGUGAACCCCAAGUACUACAGGCCUACAGAAGUUGAUGAGCUAUUAGGAGACAGUACAAAAGCUAGGAAAUUGCUCAACUGGAGACCUAAGUAUGAUCUAGAUGGUCUAGUGAAAGAAAUGGUCGAUUCAGACGUAGCUCUGAUGAGGACCAAUCCAACAGCUUAAUAGUUUUUGAUGAGUCUUGUUCGGGACAUGAUGGAUGCAGACAUGGCCCUUAUGAGGACAAACCCUUCGGCUUAAUGAACUCUUUGGCUGCUGGGAACAACAGAUUGUGGAAGGAGAUUGGGUUGGAUUUUUAUUUU